CAAUUUACUCGGAGUUUUACCUUGAUUGACAUUGAUCCGAGAUACCGAAAACGGACAGGACAAAUGUUUGUACAGUUGUAUAAAUAAUUGUAUACCUCAUAAAUCUGCAGCUUCUCUAUGUAUAAUAGUGGCUGUGGUUGUUUGACUCUAUCCUAGAAGUUCUCACUGUGCUAAUGUUAUCACGGUUUUUCCUUGGUGCAGCAGGUGUGGCGGCAGGAGCUGCAUUGAUAUGUAACAUAUCCCCCUGGCUGGUUGCCAAACCUCAGUUAGCGAAGCUAGAUUACCUCAGUGCAGCCAAGUUACAGACACUGGAUGGACAGAAAAGAAACUUCACUGCAAAAGAGUUAUGGCAGAGGAAUGGAGCUGUUAUAAUGGCUGUUCGCAGACCAGGAUGAUCUUUGUGUAGGGCGGAAGCCCAGGGCUUGUCCUCCCUUGUUCCGGAGAUGGACGCCCGAGGUAUCCGCUUACACGCUGUGGUGCACGAGGUACUUGGCGCUGAAGAAUUUAAAUCAUUUAUCAAAGGAGAUGUCUAUUUAGAUUCUGAGCGCCAUUUUUAUGGACCUCAGGAGAGAUGGAUGAAUAUACCUGGUAUUUUUAGUUUUGAAACAUUAACCAGUAUCAUAAAAGAAAUGCGUAAAGGAACUCCAGGGAAUACAAAAGGUGAAGGAAGACUUCUUGGAGCUGUGUUUGUGAUUGGACCAGGAGAGCAAGGGAUAUUGUACCAACACCAUGAAAAGGUUAUAGGAGAUCAUGCAGACCUUGAUCAAAUUAAAGAUGCCAUAUCAAAAGUUAAUGUACCAAGUCUUCCAAGUGAAUAAACCUACCAUUAUAUUCUUACAUUAAAUGGACUGUUUUUACUGUGUUAAUUGUCAAGAAAAAAGAAUCGUGUUUUAUGCAUGCUUGCAUGUUUACAAUGUUUUAAUUGGUGCUACCAAAACUAGUCUUACAUCCUGGGUUGUACUGUAACUUUGCUAUGAAAUUGCUUAACUUAAAUUUAUUGGUUUUAUUUUAGUUUUUGUGCCCCCCUAUGAGUGGUGGGGGCAUAUAGAUUUGGUCUUGUCUGUGCGUCUGUCUGUCUUUCCGUGUGUCCGUCUGUCCAAAGUUCGUGACACGCCUAGCUCAAAAAGUAUUUAAUAUAAAGUGAUGAAACCUUGCAUGAGUCUUAAUCAUGAUAUGAACUUGUGCACCUCCUAUUUUUCAUUUGGGUCCGCCCCCUAUUUUCAGAGUUAUAGCCCCUGAAUUGUCAAAAAUGCACAUUUUCACCUUGUGACACGCCUAGCUCAAAAAGUAUUUAAUCAUGAUAUGAACUUGUGCACCUCCUAUUUUUCAUUUGGGUCCGCCCCCUAUUUUCUUAGUUAUGGCCCCUGAAAUAGUCAAAAAUGCACAUUUUCACCUUGUGACGCACCUAGCUCAAAAAGUAUUUAAUAUAAAUGGUUGAAAACUUGCAUAAGUCUUUAUCAUGAUAUAAACUUGCAAACCUCUUAUUUGUUAGCUGGCUCCACCCCCUAUUUUUAAAGUUAUGGUACCUGAAAUAGUAAAAAAUGCACAUUUUCACCUAAUCAUGUGCCGGGCUAGAAAAGUAUUUAAUGUAAAUUCAUGAAACCUUGCUUGAGUCUUUAUCAUGAUUUUGUUUGGUUUGUAUUGUUAUUUGAUAUAAAUGAUUUUUUUUCAAUUCCAAGACAAUCAUUAUUCAGUUAAUUGAUUGAUGUGUAUAGUCAGGUAAGUAUUUAAUCACAGAAUAUGAGAUUUUAUUGUAUGAUAGAAUGAAGCUCUACAGUUCACUGGUUAAAACCAGACUGUAGAGUGGAUGCUGCAUCAUUUUUUUAAUUCAAUCUUGUGCUCUCUGAAAUAAAUGUUUACUCUGUAGUUUAAAUUGUUAAGUAUUCAAUGCUACUGUUUGUUGUGAUUUUAAUUGUCAGUAUUAAUUGUAAAUUCAAAUAAAUUGUUAUAAAAAUGCA